GAAACUGUAGAAUAUUCUCACCUUCAAUGCAGUCCAAUUGCUAAAAAUACGUUGUAUAACAGAAAGAAAGAAUUCCUUUGUAUUUGACAUUUUUCUACCCACCGUAAAGUAUCCACCACAAUUAUUAUCAUUAAUAACAGUACAGUAAAAACACUUGACUACACCACAGCGAAUAUAUCAGAGAAUCAGCCAUGUGUUUUAUACUUUCUUAGGUAAAGCUAGAUGUGAUCAGACAUGUCAGACGCCUUCGAGGAAAUUCAAGCUAUAAAAAUAAAGAGGAACAGUUUACGGGAGAAACUACAGAAAAGAAAACGUGAAAGACAUGAAUUAUUUACUCUCACUUCUGCAACACCGGUAUCAUCCACCUUGACAAAUGAAUCAUCUCUUGCCAGUGAUUCAAUUGGACAUGCACAACGAGCAGAUCACAGUGAAUAUGAAAGAGAUGUUUUGUGUAUUCUUCAUGAAUCGUUGCCUAAUUUACCUAUCACAUCUGCAGAAUUAAUAGAUCAACUUCGUAAAAAUCUAAAUGCAGAUGUGUCUUCCCCAGACAUCCACAAAAUUUUAGAGAAAUUGGCAGCUCAAGAUAUCGUUAAAAUCAAAGAAGUAACAGAAAAUGGUGUCUUUGGGUAUACAGUAUUAUCUGUGACAGAAUCCCAAUCGUCGUAUCAGUCUCAAUCAGAUGAUACAGAGAAUCCGGAAAGUGCAGAAACAUCUGCAUCUGAAUUGAAUGAUUAUGCGCCUGCAGAAAAGCAAUCCAAAUUGGAUAAAAAAAAUACAGAGGAUAUAAUGUCCCUAAUAUCAAUGCCCACAAUUAGGGAAAAGGAAAAUAAAAAGGUUGGAGAGCAAAUUUUAGAUUUAUUAUCAAAGCAAACAUCUAAGGAGAAAUCAUUAGCUGAACGGUUUCGAUCUCAAGGAGGAGCUCAAGUCAUGGAAUUCUGUCCUCAUGGUACAAGAGUAGAUUGUGUUAAAUUAAACGGUGGGCCAGGAUUUGCAGAAAAGUGUAAAAAGCUUCACUUCAAGAAAAUCAUUCAAAGUCACACAGAUGAAUCUUUAGGUGACUGCAGUUUUCUCAAUACCUGCUUCCACAUGGAUACAUGCAAGUAUGUCCAUUAUGAAGUAGAUGGACCAACGACUCAGCCUAAGGAACCAAAUGAUGCAGAUAAUACAAAUAAUACAACAAUAAAUAAAGCUUUAACAUUAGAUAGUAAAAAUGGUAGUGGUGUCACUUGUCCAACUACUAGUGGAUCUCUAGGCAGUGAACUGACCCUUUAUCCUCCACAAUGGAUACAGUGCGAUUUACGUUAUCUUGAUAUGACUGUAUUGGGUAAAUUUGCUGUCAUAAUGGCUGAUCCUCCAUGGGAUAUCCACAUGGAAUUACCAUAUGGUACUAUGUCAGAUGAUGAAAUGAGGCAGCUGGGUAUACCUGCCCUUCAAGACGAGGGUCUUUUAUUUUUAUGGGUAACUGGAAGAGCAAUGGAACUUGGUAGAGAAUGUUUGCAAUUAUGGGGAUACGAAAGAGUUGAUGAGAUUAUAUGGGUCAAAACAAAUCAAUUACAAAGGAUAAUAAGAACAGGCAGGACAGGGCACUGGUUAAACCAUGGUAAGGAACAUUGUUUGGUUGGGAUGAAAGGAAAUCCAAGAAUCAAUAGAGGAUUGGAUAGCGAUGUUAUUGUAGCCGAAGUUCGUGCUACUAGUCAUAAGCCUGACGAAAUUUAUGGAAUUAUCGAACGUAUGAGUCCAGGAACAAGGAAAAUUGAAUUAUUUGGACGACCACAUAAUGUUCAACCUAAUUGGAUAACAUUAGGUAAUCAAGUAGACGGUGUCCACCUGAUAGAUCCGCAACUCAUAAAAGCUUUUAAAAAGCGUUAUCCGGAUGGAAACUCGAUGAAACCUACUAAACCAUAACAAGUAUUUCAGAAUAUUACAAAAUAAGGGGACUGUUAUUUUAUUACAAUAUCAUGAAAAUAAAAUCAUUUUCCAUAAGAUUUAACAUGGAUUUCCAGCUCUUACAUUUGUAUUGUAGUAUAAGAUAUUUUUAACAAAAUAAUUUCAUUGUAAAAUACAUGUGUACAUAAAUAUAUACAAUAUACAAACUGCCUUUAAAAUGAGCGAUAGAAUCACAUUUUGAUCUAAUUACAAUACAUAAAUCUGCUUCUUUAAACUUAGAAAUAUUUUUGUACAUAUUUUUUAGUUCAUGCUUUCACAAGCGUGUAUAAAAACGUUUGUGUCCCUUACUUUCACAUUAACACAUUAACCAUUA